GGCUCAGAUCUUUGGAAGUCAUGUCUGGACGUGGUAAGGGCGGUAAAGGUUUGGGUAAGGGGGGUGCCAAGCGUCACCGUAAGGUGUUACGUGACAACAUCCAGGGCAUCACCAAACCGGCCAUCCGGCGCCUCGCCCGGCGUGGUGGAGUCAAGCGUAUCUCCGGUCUGAUUUACGAGGAGACACGCGGGGUGCUCAAGGUUUUCUUGGAAAAUGUGAUCCGGGACGCUGUGACCUACACAGAGCACGCCAAGCGCAAGACUGUCACAGCCAUGGAUGUCGUCUACGCCCUUAAGCGCCAAGGUCGUACACUAUAUGGCUUUGGCGGUUAGGGUUUCUGAAUUGGCCAUGGCUUGCCUUUAUGAACCAAAGGCCCUUUUCAGGGC